AUGUCGAACCAAGCAAACAACAACAACCUUCCUCUUCCUCCUCGUCCUCCUCCUCUAACUCAAAACUCAAGCUUCUCUCUAAUGUCAGUUCUUAAUAUGGAGAAACUCAAGGAGGAUGGAUCCAACUAUCUUGAUUGGACCAGGACCUUGAGGAUCACGUUAAGGUAUGAGAACAAAGAGUAUGUUCUCGACGAAAAUGUUCCCAUACUUGGAGAGAACCCUGCCCUAGAAGAAGUUACUGCCUACAACAAGCAUUACGAUGAAUCAACCAAAGUGGCUUUCCUUAUGUUAGCAACCAUGGCUUCUGGUCUCCAGAAGAACUUUGAAACAUGGAGUGCAUUUGACAUAAACCAGCAACUCGAGGAGAUGUUCCACGAGCAAGCUAGGGAAGAACGAUUCAAGAUCGUUAAGUCCUUCAUGGCAUGUAAACUACAAGAGGGAGCUUCUGUGUGUGCACACGUCCAAAAGAUGAAGUCGUACAUAGACAGACUUAGGAAUCUAGGUGUUGAUCUACCUAGGGAGUUGGCCAUUGACAUGGUUUUGAAAUCGCUUACUAGUUCAUAUUCGCAGUUCAUCAUGAACUUCAAUAUGAAUGGCCUUGACAAGACCUUGAUGGAGUUGCAAGGCAUGCUCAAAACGGCUGAAGUGAGCAUGAAGAAACCCAAAAACUCUACCCCUACUACUUUAGUAUUGGCUGGUAUGAACCUGCUCCCAAGAAAAGGGCUCAAGCUGAAAUAG